GCGACAAUUCACUAGGGUGUAUGCCAUAUACUGGCGCACUCCUCUCUGUAUCCCCACACUCAACCUUCCUGACUUCGCGACGUGCAAUAUGCGAUGUGUAAGAAACUGUCGCGACUUAGCCUUCCACUCUGGGCAGGUCUUGAAAAAUUUCAUAAAGUUCUAAUUUCAAAAUUUGAGUCUCAAUUCAAUUUUCCUGUAGAUACCGCAAUACUGGCACAUCGUGGCGUUAACAGGAAGAAAGAGCGAGUCCGACGCGCGAUUUCCACUUGCUUCCGCGGGUGCGUCAAGCACAUCAGAUCCACUCUCUCGAAAACUGACGAUAAAAGAAAAUUUUAUCUGCAUGUCAAGCAGGUAACUAGAGUACGCUGUGUGUAUAAUCUUAGGUCUUUCACUGUUGGUACUGCAAGAUAGCCAGACAAGAAAUUCCGAUGUUUUGCUCUGCUGCGCAUAGUCGAGACAUACGCUUCUCACUUAAUUCGCCAACAUCGAGUCUACACAGCUCAGCUUCGCUAGUAUCCUGAUUGCAACUUCGCAUAGCAGCAACCGCUUACGUGUGUUGGCCUACGUCGUUUCAAUCUCCACGAAAAACACGUUCUAUUAUACUUACCGAUAUGAUCUGCAAGUAUUUGAUUCACUUGAACGGCUCUAUGCUGUCAAUUGUAGCUCCAAGUUAAGUGCUGGUAAUGAUGCCAAAUGGCGGCACGCACAAACUGGCUUUAUUACUUCCAAAUUAGUGUUUAUCGUCACGGAUGAGGACAUCUGCACAAAUGGAAAGCCUCAUGAUUGCACACAUCUCUUUGUAAACUUUACCUGUUCGUGAAGAACAGCAGAGCCGUAAAGUAUUAAGACACUUGGCUUCAUUGCUGAGCCCAGGAGCAAAUGGAGCUUCUUACAAAUUGUUUGGACUCCAAACUUCAGGCCAGUUCGGGGGCGUAACCGGUGCAGCUUCGAUACAAAUUUGAAGACAGUUGCGAGAAGCCGGGAAUCGAGAACGUCAUCUACAUACGUAGCGGGCAGCCGUAGCCAGCAAUUACAAGACUUGGGUUUCGUUUAACAGACCGAAAGGCCGGAGAGCUCUAGGUCGUAAGUUUUCUACGUGUCGCCGGUUCUAAGUUCGUGCACUUCACAGGUUGGUACUUGCACUCGACUACACAUUGUAUUGACUAAACUGCAAUAGUCGUUCCUUCUAUCAAGCAGCUAACAGCUCACAACUGUUUCUCUUGCAGUAUUUAAAGAUUUUCCUGAGGCCCUAGUGUUCGUGA